GCGGUGCCCCCGAAAGUGGAGUCAGCGUUCACAGCUGCAGACCGCCCACCCCAGGUGCUCGUGGAGUUUCGGAGGAACCGCAUGGACCAGGAGAUCCUGAUGCAGGAGAAUGUCUUCAGACGCUACGUGAGCUUCAUGGGGGCCAUCAAGGACAAAGAGAUGCGGCUGCACGGCCGGUGGAUGGAGCUGUCUACAUCCGCCGUGGGUGAUGAGACGCUCAAGAGGAACUCAUUACUGCACAGUCGCGCAUCCCGACGGGUCAGCGAGCACCCG